AUGCCCCCUAACAUGAGGCUAUUUGGCGGUAAUUUUCGUCACCUCAACUCAAUCAUUCCAAACACAAACAGACUGCCAAACAGACCUGCGCGCUUCUUGUACUCGGUCAUGUCGCGUCCCAACUUUGCACCUGGAUCUGAUGUCGCGGCUCUCGAAGCCGCGCUGAGUCCUUUGCUGGCCCCUGGCCGCUGGCAGCUGACCGCAGAUGGCGAAGGAUUAGAGCGAACCUUCAAAUUUAAGAAUUUUGCCAAGACUUGGGACUUUAUGACAGCCGUCUCGCUCCAAUGCAAAAUCAAGAAUCACCACCCCGAGUGGUCAAAUGUAUAUAACACAACGUUCAUCCGCUGGACGACGCAUAGUCCAAAGGGACUGUCGGCCAAAGAUGUCGACUUGGCCGCCAUCUGUGAUUCGUUGGCAAACGAUUUUGGAGAGGUCAAGCAAAGCUCAGACGAGGAGAAUUCAACGUGUAAGAUGCGGGACCUGACAUCAACAGUCACGACGAAUUCUGGUGACUGCUGCGUACCAAAGUCAAGCAAGUAG